GUUAUCUCUAGCAUUUACUCAGUUAAAGAGAGGAAUAACUUGCGAAUAACCCCAAUCAAAUGUCAAAACUUCACUAGUCUAAACAAAACUAGGGGUUUAUUCUCUAUAUAUUUAUUUUUACUUCCUAAAUAUAUAUUUCAAAAUGCGAGGGUGUGAAUUCGUUUCUUACCACCUUACGUGGGCUGUAAUGUAGUUUGAAUAGUGUCGGGGAAAUUGUCUGUUAUUUACGAAUGGGGUGUGUUACUAAAUCUUCAUACAUUUUGUGAAAGGUGGUAAAAGUCCAAAAAUGGACAAGGCGAAUGCCUACGAGCCGGGGCAGGACAAUGUAAUGUUGGAGUUUAUACCAAAAAUUGAAAAAAAUGAUCCCGAUCCCGGAAAGAUGAAUUGUCGCUUGUGCUUGGCGGAAAUUAAUGAAAGCGACUUUUCAGUUCUUGACGGCAUUUUUAAGGAUAUGCUGGAGAUAAUUCUCCCUGAACUGAAUCUGGUAAUAUGCGAAUCCCCUUCAUUAUGCACAAACUGUCUUGAAACGUUAAAACAAGCCUACAACUUUAAAUCAUCAUGUUUAGAAGUAGAAGAUAAAAUACAUGAUUUUAUGAGCUCAAACCCGUCCUGCGUAAAUUUGAAACAAAUGGUACACGCGACUAAUAGCAUUGAGCCGAUACCGGAUGCUACUUCAGUAUGUCGCACCUGUUUAGGAGUCAGCGAGGAAUCGUUAAAUACGAAAAUUGCUUCUUAUGAAGGUGAUCCGUUGCAAAACAUGUUUGAAAAAUGCCUACCUGAAAUGCGACUGGAAUUAACUAAAGAUCCGAGUAUCUGUUCCCUCUGCCUGGAACAACUAGAGGAACAGUUUCAAUUUAUAAUGCAAUGCCUUGAUACUGAAGCAAAAAUCAGCUGUUAUUCAGAAAGUAAAAAGAUUUUUAAAGGGGUAGAGUUGCGAGCUGUGCAUGUGUUUUCUAUCACUAUGGAGGAAAGCGAUGAACUGGAAAAACCAUAUGAAGAAAUGGAUUCAAAUUCAGAUAGAACCAUGGAAAUCAAACUGGAAGAAACCCGUAUUAAAAGCAUGGGUAUAAAAGAAGAAGAUGGACUUGGCGUAACCACGAUGGACUUAGAGGAAUGUGUGUUUUAUCCUGAAAUAAAAAGUAAAGUGGAACCUUGUUCAGAUUCAGAGGAUCGGCGUCAACCAAAUGAAACUGCACGACAGAGAGUUAUGAAACAAAAACGCCAAACUAAGUGUGACGAGGGCGAUAGUGAUGACUCCGUAACGAAAGAAAGCGAUCUGUUAGACGUAAGAAGAGUAACUUGUACUCAAUCAGCAUUAGAUGAAAGUCCAAUAUCCAAACCAAAACCACGGUAUUAUUUCAGAACUGAGGAUGAUGAAGUUAGCGAGGACGAAUUGCCAACGCGUUCGAAACGGUGUAAGUUCUGCGACUUUAAAACAACAUUCUCGAGCCGAUACAAGGCUCACAUGACGAUGAACCACUCAAACGAAGAAAAAAAGGAGGAGGAGAAGAUGAAAAAGGUCCCUGAUCCGUACUUUAGAUGUCGACAGCCGAAUUGCGACUUUAAAACGAUGAGUAAACGGGAAAAUGCUGCCCACAAAAAGCAACAUAAAAAGGACAGAGAACAACAUUGCAAUUAUUGUGGGAUGACAUUUGUUAGGCCAGAUUUUCUGAAAAAGCAUAUCGAUAACCAUGAGGCAAAUCCGAACACAUCAAACGUAGAGAAAAAAACAACGUGCAACACAGGGACAAGCUUCAAUAUGAGCAAAAGAAAGGAAUCAAGAAACACGUUCAGCAUAAAUGGACAAGUCUUGAAAAUGUUCAAAUGUCGUCUAUGUCCCUACCAAACAAGGCUGAAGAGCAACCAUGAGCGGCAUGCGUUAACGCAUAAGAAAAUCACUCAAAUCGUUGCGCAUAAGUGCAACCUUUGUAAUUUCGAGACAAUUCAUAAAGAGAACUUCAUGACUCACAUGCAUAACACCCACAAUGAAGGAGACAGCAAAUUGAUGAAGUGUUUUCUCUGCUCGUUCCAACCUGCUGAUGAAGCGGCGUUGAAGCAGCACGUGUUGCAGGUGCACAAAAGUACUCCAGGAUGAAUAACAUUCGAUAACCUCUAUCUUAGAUAGCGAGUAGAGCAAGCAGGUCUAAAAAUACAUCAUACUUAGGCCCAAAAUACCAUUUAACUGUAGGAAUUCUUUUAAAUUUAGUGGGUAGGCUAGCAACUUUACUAGUGGGAUAUCAAACCACUUUAAGGCUUUGUAUAGUACAAAUCAGGCUUGUUUUGAUGCGCCUGAUUUCGCAUUCAAACGUUGAAACCCAACUACAUCUAAAUUAAAAACGACAGGUUCUUGUGAAGUUUCAGUUGAAUAUUGAACAAUUAAUGUUUACCUCACCCCCAACUGUACAAGUGGGAAUAAAGACGACUUCAAUUUCAGAUAACGAUUAAUUAUCCAAUAGCGAGUGUUGCAAUGCAUAAAAUAUGCUGUACAACAACCAGAUUAGUAGUACUGAAUAAAACUUUUUACAUUUACAUAAACAUUUUUAUUGCUGAAAUUCUCUCACCAUUUCGCAUGAGUUUCCUAUACUUACCGCAAAGCUCCUCAUACUUGAACAUUUACAUUGAAAUACAAUGAAGUCAUUUAAUAGCCUCAGUUUUAUUAACAUUUAAACCAAUUAUUCAUAUAAAUUAUACUGACGCUAUAUGAAAACAUAUACAAAAUAUUUAACUUAUAUGAAAUAUGUACAUGGUUCUCAAGCAAGUUCCACACUCUUCACACAAACGAAUCAAUGAUAUUACUGGUGCGUAGAUACGGUGCGAUUUAUGUGCGUUGUGCUGAUGCACAGCAACACUUUGGAAAUAACAGAAAUUCCACAUACAGGACGUGACAGAAGUGGUUUUUUGCAGAAAAAUAUUUACUUUGAUUUCUGCGUUAUGCAGAAUCUGUUUUAUACAUGGCAAAUACAAACAAUCAGACUACGUUUCUCUGGAAAAUCCGUUGUUAAAACAAAGUUCAAUAAUAAUUCUGAUUUUAGGCCUCUCAUCGAUCUAACUUUUAGCAACUUAUUCUAACAUUAAUUUUCAGACCUUUAGAAUAAUUAAGUAUAAUGUUGCAUUAAACGAAUAUUGACUGCCAUAGACUGGAGCAAGAGACCUUAAACUAAUGUAUUGCAAGAUAAUCCAGGAUUUUCAUGAAUAAAAACGACUCUGUAUGGAACACAAAAAUUGUACAAUACUAGUUUCCGAUGUAGGAAAAACUGUCACGAUUGAUGCGACAAUAUUGCAUUUACAUGCACAUACAAAGUAACAGUGCUAGUAAAUUAGUUGAAAACAAAAUAGUUAUUCUGAUUUAACUGCAGAAACAGUAACAUUGCACCUACUGAAAUACUCUUAGUUUUGAAAAGAAUAUUAGCAAAAUAUCAACAGUUAUAACCCUUAAUAAAGUACCGACUCUAAUUCUACUGCAAAUG